AUGUCCAGAGAUGCUCUUCAGUAUGAGGUCCAGUUGGUGGAGUCUGGAGGGGACAUGAGAAGGCCUGGAGAGUCCCUCCGUCUCUCCUGCCAAGCCUCCGGCUUCACCUUCAGCAGCUAUGGCAUGGGCUGGGUGAGACAGGCCCCAGGGAAAGGACUAGAAUGGGUGGCAGUGAUUAGUAGACACUCAUCUCCAAUUUAUUAUUCAGAUAAAGUCAAUGGGCGGUUCACCAUCUCCAGGGACGAUUCCCGCAGCCAGCUGUAUCUGCAAAUUAGCAGGCUGAAGCCAGAGGAUACGGCAGUCUAUUACUUUCCAGGAGACACAUCAGAGGCCCAGUUGGUGGAGUCCGGAGGGGAUGUGAGGAGGCCUGGAGAGUCCCUCCGCCUCUCCUGCCAAGGCUCUGGGUUUGACUUCGGCAGUUUUGGCAUGCACUGGGUGAGACAGGCCCCUGGAAAAGGGCUGGAAUGGGUGGCAUCCAUAUAUACCAGUUCCAGUACUUACUACUCGGACAAAGUCAAGGGACGCUUCACCAUCUCCAGGGACAACUCCAAAAGCCAACUCUAUCUGCAAAUGAACAGCCUGAAGCCAGAGGACUCGGCAGUCUAUUACUGUGCGAGAGACACAGUGGGAGGAAGUGAGUCUGAAGCCUGGCAAAAACUCUCCCUUCCUCUGAGCCGCUCUGCAAUCCAAAUAGAUGCAGCCACCCACAUCUAA